GGGAACAUGGCGCAUGUACCACGGCGCGCGCUGCUCUUCCUCUGCUUGGCGUUUCCUUGCCAUGGAGCUGAAAGAGUCAAAAACAGAGGCAUCCGACAGAAGGACACUGAAUACUUAGACAAAUAUGGCAGCUGCAUGCAGGGUCCGCCAGGCGUCCCGGGCCGAGAAGGAAACCCUGGAGCGAACGGGAUUCCAGGAACGCCCGGAGUCCCUGGGCGAGACGGUGCCAAAGGAGAGAAAGGCGAGUGUGUGUGCGAGAGGUUCGAGGAACCGUGGACGCCCAACUACAAGCAGUGCGCCUGGAACUCACUAAACUACGGCAUCGACCUGGGCAAGAUCGCCGAGUGUACGUUCACCAAGCGGCGCUCAGACAGCUCCCUACGCGUCCUCUUCAGCGGCUCGCUCCGGCUCAAGUGUAAGACGGCCUGCUGUCAGCGCUGGUACUUCACCUUCAACGGAGCCGAAUGCUCCGGCCCACUGCCCAUCGAGUCCAUCGUGUACCUGGACCAGGGCAGCCCCGAGUUCAACUCCACCAUCAACAUCCACCGCACCACGUCAGUGGAAGGUCUGUGCGAAGGCGUCCGAGCCGGCCUCGUGGACGUGGCCAUUUGGGUUGGCACAUGCGGCGAUUACCCACACGGCGACGCCUCCACUGGCUGGAACUCCGUCUCCAGGGUGAUCAUCGAGGAGCUGCCUAAAUGACCUCGGACCACGAAAACACACCGAAGCGUCUCCUCGGAUGAAUACUGUUAGUGAAACGGAGUUCCUCUCGUUAGUGUUACUGUAUUACAGAAAAUAAUGGACAUUUUUUCAGUACUGUAGAAACAUUGAUAUUUGUUUUUAUGCAUCUUUUACAUCUUUUUUUAUAUUUUAUACAGUUUUUCUACAUGUAUACGAACUUCCCAACUCACAGUGUAUAUGUUCCCCUGUGUUGUGUAUUAGCAUCUCAGUAAGUGUAACAAAGGUGUUAAAUAUCCAGCUUUUUAUACGGCUUUAAAUAAAUAAUGAAAGCACUUCA